CAGUAGAUAGAUAGAUAAAUAGAUGGACAGACAGAUAGAUGGAUGGAUGGACAGACAGAUACAGUAGAUAGAUAGAGAGAUAGAUGGACAGACAGCCAGAUAGAUGGAUGGACAGACAGAUACGAUAGAUAGAUAGAUAGAUGGAUGGUUGGAUGGACAGACACAGUAGAUAGAUAGAUAGAUAGACGGACAGACAGACAGAUACAGUAGAUAGAUAGAUGGAUGGAUGGACAGACAGACACAGUAGAUAGAUAGACAGACAGACACAGUAGAUGAUAAAUAGACAGACAGACAGACACACAGACAGACAGAUAGAUAGAACUAAAUAAGAACAAAACAAUCCUUUUGGAGAGAACUAUGUGUGGAGUUUACUACAAACUUGAAGAGAUGGAUUGUAGGGGAAGAUGAUUGAGGUAGACUGUUUUCAGAGGAUGAAUAAAAGAAAUACAAGGAAAUGGUGCCACGAAGAAUACAGAACCGACUCUGUCAGUUUUGACGGUAUCCUGGGACAGAUAGACUGCAAACUCAUUGGAUCAGAGACACCUUGCUUUUGUACACACAGCAAUGGCUCUAAGCCUGUGCGCUGCCAAUGCAAGUGCACAACCAGUGAGCACAGUGAAGCUACAAACCACCGAUCCAAGAAAUGCACUCACUGCAAAGGUUAUCGAAGUCCAUUUACCUGUGGAUGUGGUCAGCCUGGAUUUGCCCAUGUGACGCUGGUUGAAACCAGGGAAGAGCGCAUGGCACGGGGUUAUCCAGUGGGCAGAGCUGUUCCUUAUGCAGCUAUGGGAGGCCUGACUGGGUUCAGCUCACUGGCAGACUACCUGAGUUUGGAUCCCAGUGGCAUUUGUAAAGCACACAGGGGCGGAGCUAAGGGGAGGCCAGGGGUGGCCGUGGCCACCAUGGACCAAAGCCUGACCACCCCAUUGGCCACCCCACUUGCAAUUGCCGUUUUGGUCAUUUUUUGUCUUGGGCACAAUUUAGUUAGUCUUUCUACACCAACAACCACCAUACCCAAACCAAAGGCAUUUUGUUCCAUAGCAACACGUUAACUGACCGCUCAUCUGGGCACUCAGAUUUCCUACAUUGCUGUGUUAGUGUUCUGUCUCUUGCUGUACAUUAUCUUUACCUAUACUGUGUUUCCCAAACACUAAUCUAAUUUUGUUUUGCCUGAAUGGUAAUUAUUACAGUUUGCAUGUUGCUGUUUUUUACUAUUCAGAUAAAGAUGGAAAGAAUUUUGGGUUAAACCCUGUGAAGUUCGUAACUUUUACAGUAAAGCAAUGUACUUUUAGAUUUCUAAUAUUUAUCAGUCAAAAUACAUCUUUGGAUAUAUGGUGACUCUGUUGCAUGCAUGCAUUUCAUGCUAUCUUUUUUUUUUUUGUUUGUUUUUUGCCCUUACAUAGGUCCUCUGUCAUCUAAUACCCUGAAAUCUGACCAGGACCCAACUCACAUGUUUGAGCAAAUACACCACUCACCGAGCCUGCAGCACAUAAAGAGGAAAGCCACAAAACAGAAAAUGUAACCAAGGAGAUGGAAACAAAGCAUCUAUUCUUCUAGCAAGAAAGUGAUGAUUAAAUUUGAAUGAAUGUGGCAUAUUACCCUUGGUAGUUCUAAGAGCCCUGUAUCUAAGAUGUUAAUUCUGCAGUGCUCACAUGCUAACUUCUCAUAGCCAGUCUUUUAAAAAUCAAAUGUCCCACUUUAAAUAGUAG